AUGGCACCACCCCCUGAGCUCAAUGUCGGAGUUCCCGACCUCGAGUAUUUCACUCCUCAGCACGUCACCUCCCCCGGCACGCCAGUGUCUUCGACACAAGAAAAGCCAGUUCCCGCACUGUUCCAACCGCUCACCAUCCGCGGCACGACCCUUCGCAACCGCAUUCUUGUCGCGCCCAUGUGCCAGUAUUCAACAGCGUCUCAUGGUCCAGCAACCGGUGCGCUGACGGACUACCACAUCGCUACUCUGGGCCACUACGCGCUCAAAGGCGCGGCGCUGGUCAUGUUCGAAGCUACGGGUGUCCAAUUCAACGGCCGCAUAUCGCCAAACUGCCCCGGAAUAUGGAGCGAUGCACAGAUCCCCGCAUUGCGCCGCGUGAGCGACUUCAUCAAAUCCCAGGGCAGUCUUAGUGCCAUUCAGCUAGCCCACGCCGGGCGCAAGGCGAGUACCUGCGCGCCCUGGAUUGCUGGAGCGCAGCGCACGAGUGGGGGAAAGAGAAAGGUCAGUGUGCGGGCAAGCGAAGCCGCGGGUGGGUGGCCCGACGAUGUUGUAGGGCCUAUGGGGGGUGAGGAGUGGACGUGGGAUGAGAAGAAGUUGGAUGAUGAGGUUGGUGGGUACUGGGCACCGCGAGCGCUGAGCGAGACAGAGAUUGCUGAGCUGGUGGCGGACUGGGCCAAGGCGGCGGAGAGAAGUGUCAAGGCAGGUAUUGAUGUUAUUGAGAUUCACGGCGCCCACGGAUAUCUCAUCCAUCAAUUUCUCUCGCCCCUCACAAACCAGCGGACCGACAAAUAUGGCGGGAGUUUCGAGAACAGGACGCGGCUGCUGCUUGAGAUUAUCCAAGCCAUCCGCGCCGUCAUUCCGCAGUCGAUGCCGCUGUACUUGCGCAUCAGUGCAACCGAGUGGAUGGAGGAGACGGACCUGGGCCAGCGCCUCGGUAGCUGGGACGUCGAGAGUUCAAUCCGCCUAGCCAAGAUCGUAGCAGGGCUAGGCGUGGAUCUCCUGGACGUCAGCAGCGGCGGCAACCACGUGCAGCAGAGGCUCAAUCCCUUCGACACCAAGGACUACCAGACACGCAUCGCCUCGCGCAUCAGAGAGGAAGUCAAGAAAGACGGCGGCAAGCUGUUCAUCGGUGCCGUAGGCCUCAUCACCGAAGCCGAGCAGGCGCGCGACAUAGUCGAAGAGGGCGGUGCUGCCCUUGCUGCGCGAUCCAGCGACCCAGACAUUGCACAGGAAGCGCGCGCCGCUGUGCGCAUGACCGAUUCCCACAACGGCGCCAACGGUAACGAGCCCCAGGCUGAUGUCAUCCUGGUCGCGCGGCAGUUUUUGCGCGAGCCCGAGUGGGUGCUGAGAGUGGCGUGGCAGCUGGACGUGGACGUUGCGUGGCCGAACCAGUUCCUGAGGGUGCGGUUCCCGAAGCUGUGA